AUGAACAACAAAGCAGGCGAUAAAUGGAACUUGGAGGCCUACGACGAGACCACCGAACUCCCAUAUCCCGAAGAGUUUUCUGAAUUCUUUACCUUCCUCGGUGAACGCUCUCUUUGCUUAGAAACAGGCUGUUUACUCAUUCACAAAACAGACAGAGCCCUUGAGUACCUAGAACUCGCCUAUGAUGGCUCCACGAAAGCCGAGGCGCAAGUCCGCGCACGCCUCGACAUACUUCCUGGGUUGGUGCUGGGACUCACGAAGGAAGACGGUCGGAUCAUAGAAGCAAAUUCAGUGUCAUGGGGCUAUACGACCCCAUUCUGGAAGACAAUCCAGGUGAAGUUUCGGAAUAAACUGCUGCGCAGUCGACUUGACUAUGCACUCUGGAGGGCAGUGGCCGCCGCUGCCACCCCGCAGCAGUGCCACCCCCCUUCUCGCCGCCCCGUUUGGCCAUCCGCCAUCCCUGGCAGCCCUUCACACUCUGUCCAUCCUUCUGCCGCCUUCCAGCCCCUCCUUAGCCGGCUCGAUGAUCGCGCCGCAGCCUCAGGCUCCAGUCCACAGCUACCUGGGCAGAUUAUAGAAGCAGAAGAAGGAGUGCACGGCGUCCCAGCCGAUUGUGUGGCAUAUCCCGCCUAG